UUACUUUGACUUGAACCCAUGAUUCGUUUCAAUCAAGAAUAAGAAAGAUAGUUUUCUCUUAAAAAGGAAACGAGCAGAUGAGUCAACAUGCCAGCUGGAUCAGUGAAAUUGCAAAGCAUUAAAAAACUGGGACAGGAAAACCACAGCUAUGAGUUUUCAGAUGAAGAACCAGCUGGCUCCUACAUUGAGCAAUUGGAAGGAGGAAGGAAGACCACUGGAAGGAUUCUGGACACAGACCAUGACAACUUCCAAGGACAAUGAGAAAGGUCCAGGAAAGGAAGAGCAACCAGCGAUAAGGGUUGGCUUCUUUCAGCUGUUCCGUUUUUCCACAUGCAACGACUUGCUGAUGAUGGUGAUGGGUAGCGUGUGUGCAGUGCUGCACGGCUCGGCCCAGCCCCUCGUGCUGCUGGUGUUUGGCUUGCUCACCGACACCUUCGUCGAGUAUGACAUCGAGCUCAACGAGCUAAGGGACGACAGGAAGGAGUGUGUGAACAACACUAUCCAGUGGAAGAGGAACUACACUGCAGGGAACAGCCUGAUCACAAAGCUGAACCAGUCAGACUGGAGCUUCAUGAACAAUUCAACAUGGGAGAUGCUCACACCGCUGAAGGGCAGGUCGUGUGGGCUUCUUGACAUUGAAUAUGAAAUGACCAAUUUUGCCUACUAUUAUGUUGGAAUUGGAGCAGCAGUAUUCAUCCUGGGAUACUUUCAGAUUUCCCUGUGGGUGACGGCAGCUGCAAGACAGAUUCUGCUCAUCAGGAAAUUGUACUUCAGCAAAGUGAUGAGGAUGGAGAUCGGCUGGUUCGACUGCACCUCUAUAGGGGAGCUUAAUACUCGCAUGUCAGAUGAUAUCAACAAGAUCAAUGAUGCCAUUGCGGAUCAAGUUGCCAUUUUUUUGCAGCGCUUCACCACCUUUGUGGGUGGUUUCUGCAUUGGCUUUAUCAAAGGAUGGAAGUUAACACUUGUCAUUGUCUCAGCAAGUCCACUGAUUGGGAUUGGAGCUGGUCUUAUGGCUCUGUUUGUUGCUAAGCUAACAGGAAUGGAGCUGCAGGCUUACGCCAAAGCUGGAGCUGUAGCUGACGAGGUCCUCUCCUCCAUUAGGACUGUGGCUGCUUUUGGUGGUGAGAAAAAAGAGGUGAAAAGGUACGACAAUAACUUAAUCUCAGCGCAGCGCUGGGGCAUCAGGAAGGGUCUUGUUAUGGGGUUUUUCACUGGAUUUAUGUGGAUGGUCAUCUUUCUGUGCUAUGCAUUGGCUUUCUGGUAUGGCUCUAGUCUAGUGUUGGACACAGAGGAGUACACACCAGGAACACUACUGCAGGUAUUCUUUGGUGUCUUGGUAGGAGCCAUGAAUUUGGGGCAGGCCUCCCCAUGUCUGGAGGCAUUUGCUGCAGGCCGUGGAGCUGCUACCCUCAUCUUUGAGACUAUUGACAGAGAGCCAGAGAUUGACUGUUUAUCUGAGGCUGGAUAUAAGCUCGACAGGGUCAAAGGAGAUAUUGAGUUUCACAAUGUCACCUUCUACUACCCCUCCAGACCUGAAGUCAAGAUCCUGGACCAGCUCAGUGUUGCAGUGAAGUCCGGGGAGACCACAGCCUUUGUUGGUCCAAGUGGAGCUGGGAAGAGUACUGCUAUUCAGCUCAUCCAGCGCUUCUAUGACCCUAAAGAGGGCAUGGUGACCCUGGAUGGUCAUGACAUCAGAGGGCUGAACAUCCAAUGGCUGCGUUCGCUGAUUGGCAUUGUAGAGCAGGAGCCUGUGCUGUUUGCCACCACCGUUGCUGAGAAUAUACGCUAUGGUAGACCCGGUGUCUCCAUGGAAGAAAUCAUCACUGCAGCAAAGGAGGCCAACGCCUACAAUUUCAUCAUGGAUCUGCCACAGAAAUUCGACACAUUGGUGGGGGAGGGUGGAGGUCAGAUGAGUGGCGGUCAGAAGCAGCGUAUUGCCAUUGCUCGAGCGCUGGUCAGGAAUCCUCGUAUCCUGCUGCUGGACAUGGCAACCUCUGCUCUUGACAAUGAGAGCGAGGCUGUAGUUCAAGAAGCUUUGGAUAAAGUACGCAUGGGUCGCACCACCAUCUCUAUCGCUCACCGGCUGUCCACCAUAAAGAACGCUGAUGUGAUUGUUGGCUUUGAGCACGGCAGAGCUGUGGAGAGGGGCAAACACGAUGAACUGCUAGAGAGGAAAGGAGUCUACUUCACUCUCGUCACCCUACAGAGCCAAGGAGACAAGGCUCUGAAUGAGAAGGCUCGACAAAUGGCCGACAAGGAAGAAGAAUCAGACAGGCUGAGUCUAUCCAGGGCAGGCAGCUACCGCGCCAGUUUGAGAGCCUCAAUCCGCCAGCGGUCCCGAUCUCAGCUGUCCAAUCUGAUCCCAGAGUCUUCUGUUCCUAUCGUUGGAGAGCUUGGCCCCAGAGCCUACGCUGUGUCACAGGCAGACAAAUUCCAGAAUGCCGUCCCAGAGGAGGACGACGACGAACUUGUGGAGCCAGCUCCAGUUGCCAGGAUCCUGAAGUACAACAUACCUGAGUGGCCUUAUAUGCUUUUUGGAUCCUUUGGGGCUGCCAUAAAUGGAGGGGUCAACCCUGUCUACUCUCUACUGUUCAGUCAAAUCUUGGCGACAUUCUCAAUAACAGAUCCUGUGGCUCAGAGAACAGAGAUUGAUAAUAUCUGCCUGUUCUUUGUCAUGGUCGGCGUGGCCUCUUUCUUCACCCAGAUGCUGCAGGGUUAUGCCUUCUCCAAGUCUGGGGAGUUGCUGACACGCAGGUUACGGCGACUUGGCUUUCAGGCCAUACUGGGCCAAGAGAUUGGCUGGUUUGAUGAUCACAGAAACAGCCCCGGAGCUCUGACCACACGUCUGGCGACUGAUGCCUCACAAGUUCAAGGAGCCACCGGCUCGCAGAUCGGCAUGAUCGUCAACUCUCUGACCAACAUCGGCGUGGCCAUCAUCAUGUCCUUCUGCUUCAGCUGGAAGCUCACGCUGCUCAUCCUGUGCUUCCUGCCGUUCAUCGCUCUGUCAGGUGGCUUCCAGGCUAAGAUGCUAACAGGCUUUGCAAAACAGGACAAGCAGGCCAUGGAGGCUGCCGGACGGAUUUCUGGCGAGGCACUAAACAACAUCCGCACCAUCGCAGGCCUGGGGAAAGAGAGGAUUUUUGUGGAAGUGUUCGAGGCUCAGCUAGAUGCUCCGUACCAAGCGGCCCUGAAGAAAGCAAAUGUGUACGGGGCCUGCUAUGGUUUCGCCCAGUGCGUCGUCUUCUUGACUAACUCCGCCUCCUAUAGGUUUGGAGGUUACUUGGUGCGACAUGAGGGGCUCCAUUUCAGCUUGGUGUUCAGGGUCAUCUCUGCCAUAGUCACCAGUGGCACAGCCCUCGGCAGAGCUUCCUCUUACACCCCAGACUACGCCAAAGCCAAGAUUUCAGCAGCGCGUUUCUUCCAGCUGCUGGACCGUGUGCCUCAGAUCAGCGUCUACAGCGAAAAGGGAGAGAAAUGGGAUAACUUCCAAGGGAACAUUGAAUUUAUUGACUGUAAGUUCACCUACCCCACCAGGCCAGACAUCCAGGUCCUGAAUGGGCUGAAUGUGUCUGUGAAGCCCGGCCAGACGCUGGCCUUUGUGGGCAGCAGCGGCUGCGGGAAGAGCACCAGCGUGCAGCUGCUGGAGAGGUUUUAUGAUCCUGACCACGGCAGAGUGCUGAUUGAUGGCCAUGACUCGACUCGUGUCAAUGUACCCUUCCUGCGCUCCAAGAUUGGCAUCGUGUCCCAGGAGCCUAUCUUGUUUGACUGCAGCAUCGCAGAGAACAUCAAGUACGGGGACAACUCACGGGAAAUUGGCAUGAAUGAGGUCAUCUCCGCCGCCAAGAAAGCACAACUUCACGACUUUGUCAUAUCGCUUCCUGAGAAAUACGACACGAAUGUCGGUGCCCAUGGUUCUCAGUUGUCUCGCGGUCAGAAGCAGCGCAUCGCCAUCGCCAGGGCGAUCCUACGUGACCCCAAGAUCCUGCUCCUGGACGAGGCCACCUCUGCCCUGGACACUGAGAGCGAGAAGACUGUGCAAAAGGCCCUGGACAAAGCCAGAGAGGGCCGGACCUGCAUCGUUAUCGCCCAUCGCCUGUCUACCAUUCAGAACUCUGACAUUAUCGCUGUCAUGUCCAGGGGCUUUUUGGUUGAGAAAGGAACGCACAACCAGCUCAUGGCCCUGAAGGGAGCCUACUACAAGCUGGUUACCACAGGAGCACCAAUCAGCUAACUGCUCAGGGAAACGGCAGCCAAUUAGCAAGGCAGCCAAGAGAACCCAUUGUAAGGAGGGUUGACUGCCAUAUGCCGAGAGAGGCUGGGACUGAAGUAUGCUGUACUUUCAAUCACAAAGUUUACACCUGCUGGUUAGGGAUCCUGUCAUGUAGAGAAGGGUUUUCUAUGGUAUUUUAAGGUAGCAUUGUCUUUCUGUUAUGUUUAUACAACUUUUUAUCUCUUGGACACUGGGUCUGUUCCUGUACCCACACUUGCAUUCUUAAGCACCAGGUGGCAGGGAAAUGUUGCCAAAAAGAGUACACAUAACCCACACUUGAUGCAGAGCUAAGUGCAUCCCACAAUUCACCACUUUCCUUUGGUUAGUGGCAACGUGCCUAUAAGCUGGUUUGACGACCAAAAAUAAAUCAACAGACAUGAAGGAGUUGAAUGUCAUACCAUGAUGGAUUCACCCUGAUUAUCAUUAAUAUUAUUCAUGCCCACACACAACGCAGUUAUGGCAAAGACUCCACAGAUGGUGGUCACUGUUCUCCUUGCCGAGAGGGAUACGAAUAAUACACAUACCAGCUAGCCUGGCUUUGUGCAAAGAAGAAAGAAUUUUGCCUUCUAGCACCUUUAAAGCUCACCAUUUAACACGCUAUAGCACAUGACUCCAGUAAAACCACAACUUUCUCAACCAAGUGAGAAGUUGGAUGGAUCCCGCCCAACUGUUUGCCCCUGCCUCCAGUCUUUAAGCUAAGUUACAUACUCAUGUAAUCCUCAGCAAGAAAGCAUAUAAGUACAUUUCCCCCAAAUGUCAAAUUUCUUUUCCUUCCCAUUUUUAUUAGACAGAAACCAUUCAAAAUUAAAUUGUGUCUUACAUAAGACUGUGUUUCUAAAUAAUUCUGUUUAAUUGCUUCAUCAAUUGUAUUCCUCCUCCCAGCCAGCUCCAGAAUGUGUGUUUGGUUGUCACUGUCAUCUGAUCGUGACUGUAAUGCUGUACAGAUGGUCCAGUUUUUUACGUUUUAUGUGGAAAUAAUAAAAUCAAAUGAAACCAUCAAA